GUCGCGCUGCGAUGACGUCACGCCCGCGCGCCGCCUACCGCCGCCACUUCCGGUUCGCGCCACUUCCGGUUCGCGCCAUUUCCGGCCCGGCCGUUCCCGCGCGCGGAGGCGAAUGAGGGACGCGGGGCGGCACUAAUUAAGCUCCGGCCAUGGCGAAGCGACCGCUGCCGAGCUGGGAGGAGGGGGAGGGGCCGGAGCCGCCCCCCAACAAGAGGGGCCCCGGCAGCCGCUUUCCCGCACAGACGUCUCUCGACAGCAGCGAAGAGGAGGAGGAGGAGGAGGAGGAAGAGGGGCUGUGGGGCGGCCUUGAGGGCGAGGUGGGCGUGUCCUCAGGGCAGGAAGCGGCUCCGGACGAGGCGGCGCUGGGGGAGGGUCCGGUGCCGUUAACCCCUUUUAACCUGGAGGAGGAGUUGGGGGAGGGGCGCUUCGACCCUCAGGGGCACUUCCUGCCGCGGGGGGAGGGGCAGCCCCGGGACCCCUGGCUGGAGGCCAUCGAGGGGCUGCCGAUCCGCCCCCGCGUUCCCCCCCGCGCCGUUCCCGCGCCGGAAGUGGUGGAGGAGGAAUCUCCGCCGCCGCUGCGGGAAUUGCUGAGAGGAGCGGUGGAGCUGCUGCGCCCCGGGGAGAGCGUCGGGGGGGCCCUGCGGAGGCUCGGGGGGCGGGGCCAGGGCCCGAAGGGGCGGGGCCAAGGCCCAAAGGGGCGGGGCCAAAGCGCCAAGCGACUCUCAGAAGGGAAAAGGGGGCGUGGCCAAAGCCCCCAGAAGGACUGUGAGGGAGAAAGGGGGCGUGGCCACAGCUCAGACCAUGAGGGAGAUGAGUUAAAGGGGCGUGGUCAGGAAAGGGGGCGUGGCCACAGCCCGCAGUCAGACCGUGAGGGGGAUGAGCAAAGGGGGCGUGGUCAUAAAAGGGGGCGUGGCCACAGCUCAGAUCAUGAGGGGGAUGAGCUAAGGGGGCGUGGCCAUAGCCCACAGUCAGACAGUGAGGGGGAUGAGCUAAGGGGGCGUGGUCAUAAAAGGGGGCGUGGCCACAGCCCGCAGCCAGACCAUGAGGGAAAGGGGCGCAUGCGCAGCGCUUUAAUAGAUGCAAAUGAGAGCGAUGGGCGUGGCCUUGAGGAAAGGGGGCGUGGCCAGAGCGCUGGGGAGAGAGAGGGAAGUGAGGCCGAGUGCCGUGGGCAGGAAGGGAGGGGGCGUGGCCAUGAUGCUGAGGGGCGGGGCCAGAGCCCCGAGUCCAUAGGUGGCGAUGAGCCAGGGGGGCGUGGCCAGAGCCCCGAGUCCAUAGAGGGUCAUGAGCCGAGGGGGCGUGGCCAGAGCCCAAAGUCCAUAGAAGGGCGUGGCCAGGACUCAAAGGGGCGUGGCCAGAGCCCCCAUUCCGCAGCACUGGAGGCAGAAGGGGAGGGUCCCAGGGAGCCGAGGGGGCGUGUCCAAGGCCCGAGGGGGCGUGGCCAGUGGCAGCCCCGCCCCCGGCCCCCCCCGGAGCUGGAGGCUCUGUCGGCGUUGGCCGAUGGCCUCGUGGCUCACGGACUCUUCGGGAUCUUCCAGGAGACGCGGGAGAGGUUGGAGCUGCGCCUGCGGGGGCUGCGGCACCACGAGGAGGAGGGGGGGGACGGCGACGAGGAGGAGGAGGAGGAGGAAGGUCCGGUGCUUUGGGAGCUGCAAUGGGGGGAGGGGGCGGGAGAACCCGGAACCUUCGGCCCCUUCAGCAGUGCCCAAAUGCAGGAAUGGGCGGAACAGGGGUACUUUUUGGGGGGCGCUCGGUGCCGCCGUCUCCCUCAGGGCCUCUUCUACGACUGUUCUCGCGUCGACUUUCAGCUCUACACAUAA